ACCCGCGUCUAUAUAAGGAAGACGCGGGGGCGGCGCGCCACUUGUUCCUGCGUCUUGGUGCUGCUGCUGCUGUGCGGAGCCGCGCGGUCCUUUCGCCAAGAUGCCCGAGGAGACCCAGCCUCAGGACCAGGCCAUGGAGGCCGAGGAGGUGGAGACGUUCGCCUUCCAGGCGGAGAUCGCCCAGCUCAUGUCGCUCAUCAUCAACACCUUCUACUCCAACAAAGAGAUCUUCCUCAGGGAGCUGAUUUCCAAUUCUUCUGAUGCCCUGGACAAAAUCCGGUACGAAAGCCUGACUGACCCCAGCAAGCUGGACUCGGGAAAAGAGCUGCACAUUAAUCUCAUUCCCAGCAAGCAGGACCGGACCCUGACCAUCGUGGACACCGGCAUCGGCAUGACCAAGGCCGACUUGAUCAACAAUCUUGGCACCAUUGCCAAGUCGGGCACCAAAGCCUUCAUGGAGGCUCUGCAGGCUGGCGCCGACAUAUCCAUGAUUGGCCAGUUCGGCGUGGGCUUUUACUCGGCCUAUUUGGUGGCCGAGAAAGUGACGGUGAUCACCAAGCACAAUGAUGACGAGCAGUAUGCCUGGGAGUCUUCUGCAGGAGGCUCGUUCACAGUGAGGACCGACACAGGUGAGCCCAUGGGUCGUGGGACGAAGGUUAUCCUGCAUCUGAAAGAGGACCAGACCGAGUACUUGGAAGAGAGGAGGAUGAAGGAGAUUGUGAAGAAGCACUCUCAGUUUAUUGGCUACCCAAUUACUCUCUUUGUGGAGAAAGAACGAGAUAAAGAAGUGAGUGAUGAUGAGGCUGAAGAGAAGGAGGAAGAGAAGGUGGAAGAGAAGGAGAAAGAAGAAAAGGAGUCUGAUGACAAGCCUGAAAUAGAAGAUGUUGGUUCUGAUGAGGAGGAGGAGGAGGAGAAGAAGGACGGAGACAAGAAGAAGAAGAAGAAGAUCAAAGAGAAAUACAUUGACCAAGAGGUCCUCAACAAAACCAAGCCCAUCUGGACCCGAAAUCCUGAUGACAUUACCAACGAAGAAUAUGGCGAAUUCUACAAGAGCCUGACCAAUGACUGGGAGGACCACCUCGCUGUGAAGCAUUUCUCAGUUGAAGGACAGCUAGAAUUCCGAGCCCUUCUUUUUGUCCCAAGACGGGCUCCCUUCGACCUCUUCGAAAACAGGAAGAAGAAGAACAACAUCAAGCUGUAUGUGCGCCGAGUUUUCAUCAUGGACAACUGUGAGGAGCUGAUCCCGGAGUAUCUGAAUUUCAUUCGCGGUGUGGUGGACUCUGAGGAUCUCCCUCUCAAUAUUUCCCGGGAGAUGCUGCAGCAAAGCAAAAUUUUGAAAGUCAUUAGGAAGAACUUAGUCAAAAAGUGCUUAGAACUCUUCACCGAGCUGGCUGAAGAUAAAGAGAACUACAAAAAGUUUUACGAGCAGUUCUCCAAGAACAUUAAGCUUGGAAUCCACGAAGACUCCCAAAACAGGAAGAAGCUUUCAGAGCUGUUACGUUACUACACGUCUGCCUCAGGGGACGAGAUGGUUUCCCUCAAGGACUACUGCACGAGGAUGAAGGAGAACCAGAAACACAUCUACUACAUCACGGGGGAAACUAAGGACCAGGUGGCUAACUCGGCCUUCGUCGAGCGCCUCCGGAAGCACGGCUUAGAAGUGAUCUACAUGAUUGAGCCCAUCGACGAGUACUGCGUCCAGCAGCUGAAGGAGUUCGAGGGCAAGACUUUAGUGUCCGUCACUAAAGAGGGCUUGGAACUGCCGGAAGAUGAAGAGGAGAAAAAGAAGCAGGAGGAGAAGAAGACGAAGUUCGAAAACCUCUGCAAAAUCAUGAAGGACAUCUUGGAGAAAAAGGUGGAAAAGGUGGUGGUAUCCAACCGAUUAGUCACGUCCCCGUGCUGCAUUGUCACCAGCACCUAUGGCUGGACGGCAAACAUGGAGAGGAUCAUGAAGGCCCAGGCCCUGCGAGACAACUCGACCAUGGGCUACAUGGCCGCCAAGAAGCACCUGGAGAUCAACCCUGACCACUCCAUCAUCGAGACCUUGCGGCAGAAGGCUGAGGCCGACAAGAAUGACAAGUCUGUGAAGGAUCUGGUGAUCCUGCUCUAUGAGACCGCACUGCUCUCGUCUGGCUUCAGUCUGGAAGAUCCCCAGACGCACGCCAACCGGAUCUACAGGAUGAUCAAGCUGGGCCUGGGGAUCGAUGAAGAUGACCCCACCACUGACGAUACCAGUGCUGCUGUCACCGAAGAAAUGCCACCCCUUGAAGGCGAUGAUGACACGUCACGCAUGGAAGAAGUCGACUAAACGUCAGCUUACACACGUGUUCGAUACUUACCUGCAUUCCCUCUGAUAAUAUAUUUUCAAGGAUUUUUUUUCCUUUA